AUGGACAAAAUGCUAUUCUCCUCCUUGAGACUCUGUUUUGUUCUACUUACGGCAUGGACAACUUGGGUUGCGGCCGAUUUUGCGCUGUAUGAAAACUAUGAUGAAGACGCCUUAAUUGCUGGGCUCGCUCUGAGUAGUACGUGUCUUGCAGCACUGAACACCACCGUCACUUGCAAUGAAACCGCUGUUGGCCUAUUAGGGCACGGGGCAGACAUCCAUUUCUGGACGACUACUGAUGUAGAGAACCUCUGCACCACAGACUGUGUCUCGUCUCUGGGUUCCUGGAAGGAUAAUGUUGCAACAGUCUGUGCAGAGGAGACCACAAUCCAGGGCAAUGUCGUGGUCAAAGCGAGGGCACUGCCACUGACAUUUACCUACAAUUCUGAUCUCACAUGGCAAGGAAGUGACUAUAUUCGUUGGGAGCCAACAAUGUGCUUUACCAAUGGUGAUGACAACAGCACAGUCGCGCCUGAAUGUGCCGAUCCUGAUUUUGAUAUCGGUGAUAUUAGUGAUGAUAUGGCCGCUCUAACUAAUCUAUAUGAUAAGGAAUUGUUCUGCAAUGAGUGUUUCUUGAAUCUGUAUCGGCAACGUCUCCUGGAUCCUUGGCUACCAGUUACCAAUUUCACAGAUUAUUUAAUCGAUCAGUUUGACCUUGUUCAAGCAAACUGCUCAACAACGCUGCCUUACAGCACUUCAGCCUCCACCUUAUACGUAGGGACGGCAACGGCUACUACCACCACCAGUGCAACGACGACGACAGACUCAACAACUACAGCGACUUGUCUGGGUCAAAUGGUGCAGCCACUGCAAAACUGGCUCACCUGCAAUGAUCUUUGCGAUACGUACAAUAUAUCAACGGGUGACACUAGAGUUAUCACUGGGGAUUACGCCUGCUAUUUCGACCAGGCUACCUGUUUCCCCCUUCCAUGCGAGAUCGAUACGGUUUGGGACACACCAAGUUGUGACGAACUUGCUACGAGAUAUUCCAACUCAACUUACAGCGUGACCACUGCUCAAUUCCUCAGUUGGAACACCAAUAUCCAGGGCAGUUGUUCAGGAAUUGCUGCAGGGCAGCGUACUCGACGAGAAAAAAGUGCCCCUGGAGGCACGUUUCCUAAACCCAACGCGACCAUCACGGCGCCUGGCGCGACCGGCGAGCCUACUUACUACACAGCAGCCACUGCGGCUUAUCCGACCCAAAGUGGAACCAUCAAUGAGUGCGGCGACUACUAUCUCGUUGUAGCCGGUGACGACUGUGCUACCGUCGACCUGCGCUUCGGUCUGAACUAUACUCAGUUGCAAGAAUAUAACACGUACCUUGACGCCACCUGCAGCAACCUGUGGCUUAAUUACGACAUUUGCGUCGCCCCUGUCACCGCUCAGACAGUCUCAACAGACGGUACAUGCCCUCUGGGGGUAACCUGUGUUGGAAGCGCCUUUGGUGACUGCUGUUCUCCAUUUGGCUACUGCGGAACCGGGUCAGAUUACUGUGUCACUACAACCAACGGCACGGCGACGCAGGAUGGCACCUGUGGGCCUGAUUAUGGGGGCACGACUUGUGUUCCCCAGUUCGGGGACUGUUGUAGUAUAUACUUGUGA